CCAACGCGCGGCUACUGCUAUCGGCAACUUUCCACAUGUGAAGUUCCGUCUGGUACGUUUGAUCGUGAAAAGAUAACUGAGAAAAUGCCGACAGUGGCACUUGAGCGGGACCUACUUUAUGAGAGGUUGGGGCAAAGCUACACUGAAGAAGAAUUUGAUGAGCUAUGUUUUGAGUUUGGUCUUGAGCUGGAUGAAGUGACAUCAGAGAAUGCACUGAUAGCUAAAGAACAGGGAGCUGACAAAGCUGGCACUGGAUCAGACAAAGUGAUCUAUAAAAUUGAAAUUCCUGCAAAUAGAUAUGACUUGCUCUGUGUUGAAGGACUCGUCAGGGGUUUACUUGUUUUUAAAGAAAAAAUGGCUUGCCCAGUGUACAAAAAGAUCCCUCCAACAGAGGGCAGCACUAUGCAGGAGCUGACAAUCAGACCUAGUACAGCUGCUAUAAGACCACACUGCGUUGCAGCAGUUCUUAGAAAUAUCACUUUUACUGAGGCCAGUUAUAAAAAUUUCAUAGAUCUUCAAGAUAAAUUACAUCAAAAUAUAUGCAGAAAAAGAUCAUUAGUGGCUAUAGGAACUCAUGACCUGGACACAAUAGAGGGCCCUUUUGUAUAUGAUGCUCUACCUCCUGAAGACAUCAAGUUCAAGCCUCUCAAUCAGACGAAGGAGUAUACUGCAGUAGAACUCAUGGAGCUUUAUUCAACAGACAGCCAUCUAAAGCACUAUCUGCAUAUCAUUAAAGAUAGCCCUGUCUACCCAGUCAUUUUUGACAAAAACAAUGUAGUUUUAUCUAUGCCGCCAAUAAUAAAUGGUGAGCAUUCAAAGAUUACACUGUCCACUAAGAAUGUGUUCAUAGAGUGUACAGCCACUGACCUGACCAAGGCCAAGGUCGUCCUGGACACGAUAGUGACCAUGUUCAGUGAAUACUGCCAGGAUCAGUUCACGGUUGAGCCAGCCAAAGUAAUCCAAACAGAUGGAAGUGAAGUCGUGUAUCCUGAUCUGAAUUACAGACAUGAGGUUGUGGAGGUGGCAGAUAUUAACAAGAAAUUGGGAAUAAAAAUCAAGGCAGAUGCCAUGGCCAGUCUGUUGACCAGAAUGUGCCUCAAGUCCAAAGCCAUUGAGAAAGGAGCCCGCCUCAUAGUGGAGAUCCCACCCACCAGAGCAGAUGUCAUACAUGCCUGUGAUAUUGUGGAGGAUGUGGCUAUAGCUUACGGGUAUAACAAUAUUAAGAUGACUAUUCCAAAAACCAACUGUAUUAGUCAACAGUUCCCGUUGAACAAACUGACGGAUUUAUUACGACCAGAAAUUGCGGCUGCAGGGUUCACUGAGGCACUGACCUUUUCAUUGUGCUCAAAGGAUGACAUAUCAGACAGGUUACGGAAGGACAUCUCUACAAUAAGAGCUGCUCACAUUGCCAACCCUAAAACUUUAGACUUUCAGGUUGCCAGAACAAUGUUACUGCCUGGGAUUUUGAGGACGGUGGCCUCCAACAGGAAAAUGCCGCUACCCCUCAAGUUGUUUGAGAUUUCAGAUGUUGUUUUCAAAGAUGACACUACAGACACCGGAACUCGCAACAGACGUCACUUCUGUGCCAUUCAUUACAACAAGUUCCCUGGGUUUGAGAUCAUCCAAGGGCUGCUGGACCGUACAAUGCAGCUACUGGAAGUUCCUCCUGGCAAAGGGGACACACAGUACUACAUCAGAGCCGCAGACGAUCCAACCUUCUUCCCUGGUCGCUGUGCAGAGGUGAUUGCUCUAGGAAGGUGUGUGGGGGUCCUGGGGGUCCUCCAUCCUGAAGUCAUUGCCAAAUUUGACCUCAACAUGCCCUGUGCUGCCAUGGAGAUUGAUCUGGAAGCUUUCCUUUAAUUUAGAAUAUUGUUGCAAUAAGGCUUUCAUCCCAGAACUAUGAACUGGAAGCUUUCCUUUUAGUUGAAACUCUGUUGCAAUAAGGCUCUGGGAACUUUGUCAAAUGAACCAGAUACUUUCAAAUAUUCACGAUUAUCACUGAAUGAGCUGGAAAUCAUUGUCUGUAAUGUCUCAAUAUACAAACCAAGUAUAGAAAUAUUUGGAUUAAAAAAAAAGAGAGAUAUCAUCUGAAAUCACCAUUGCUGUGUGAAGUUUUUUCUUCUUUGUACUUUCAAUAUUGUGACUUGAUAUUCUUUAAUAUAAAUUAAUAUGAUAUGUCGCUUAUGUAUUCCAUUAAGUUGACUGGCGAUCACCCGCUUGUUUAAGUUCUGGUGAUGACGUAUCUAACUCUAUGGCAGUAUUGGUUUCUCGGAGAGAGAACAGUUAAUGUCACACCCACACACAAACAUUGGAUAUACGGUAGGAAAGGAGUUCAAAUACAUUGUAAUGAAAGUGGUGCGUUGCGACUCCGCAUAAGAGGACUAUGUAGAUAAUUAAGAUGAUGAAAUCAUGUCUUUGAAUCGUUUCAAAA